CGCUGGCAAGGGCCCUGGGCCAGACAGAGCCUCAGGGGCUGCCUCUGCUCACAGCCCCAGCUUGUCCCCCCACCCCCACCCCCUCCCCGCACAGGCCUGGUGGAAAGCAACUGCCUCUGAACUCUGGGGCGAGCGGCCUCCUGCGGGCAACCAAGGUGGCCCGCUUUCCUCAGUCCCAUGGAGACAUGGAGGAAAGCAUCUUUCCGCAACAAUUCUUUCUUCAAACGUCUGAGCCUCGGGAGACCCCGGCGACUCAGACGGCAGGGCAGUGUGCUCAGCCAAGUCAGCACUGCGGAGGGAGACCAUGAGGAGUACAGUAAUCGGGAGGUCAUCCGGGAGCUGCGGGGAAGGCCGGAUGGCCGCCGCCUGCCUUUGUGGGGGGAUGAGCAGCCCAGAGCUACACUGCUGGCCCCACCCAAACCCCCACGCCUCUACCGGGAGAGUACCAGUUGUCCCAACAUUCUGGAGCCCUCCCCUGCCUAUGCUGCUGCCUAUUCAGCCACCCUACCCUCAGCCAUCUCCUUGGCUGGAACGCUGCAUGAGUAUUCAGAGGAGGACUCCCUAGAUGCUGCCCCUCUCCAGGGGGCACCUGCUGAUGGCACCGACCCCUUCUUUUCCUUCAAAGUGGACCUGGGAAUUUCGCUUCUUGAGGAAGUUCUACAGAUCCUGAGAGAGCAGUUUCCCAGGGACCCAUGGGCCUGA